AUGGACGAUUCUUUCAGCCAGAAAGUUCUACGCCUUCGCAAUGAGUGGGCUGUUACACGCCAAUCCUCCAACCUAUUCCCACCUGUUGGCAAAUCUGUCAUCGAUAUACAUGUCGAGCGCGGCGACAAGCCAUACAUGAUCUUGUGGUACGAGGAUUGCAUCAAAGCCGAUGGUUCUAAGAAAGAGCAAUGUGUUCGUCUAUAUAACGUUCCGGGCACGCUCUCCGGCAAUAUUCUUCAACUGAAACAGAACGUGCCUGCAAUCGCUGGACACUUCGAGAUCGAUGGCAAUGUGAUCAACCAACUCGACCACCCGCUAAAGCCUCCUUUGCCUAUUAAGGAUGAUUUUGAGAAUCUCAAUGAUUUUCUUGAGCAACUGCCAAUCUUAGAUAACGAUCAACUUAAACACUUUGUCAAGAAGUGUAGAUACCGGAGCGAGAUCUUCAAUCUACUCAAAUGCCAGGGUGGAUCAGUGCCAGGAAUUCCAAAGUCACCACAUUUGACUCGACUUUUAGGCAGGACUGACACUGGAGAGUUGGUUUUUCAGAAGCUUUGGACUGCCCAGCAGACAAUACCUCGGGUUUCUUCGCUUGCCAGUUUCAAAAGCUGGAUUCUUGAUUUAAUUGACGCUUUGAUUUGUCUGCAUUCGCUUGGGAUUGUCCACCGCGACCUUCGUCUUGAUAAUUGUCUUUUUUCUCCAGAUGGCACCCGUCUUAUUCUGUGCGAUCUUGAAAGUAAAUAUGGACAACGGUCCCCACCUGAGAUUGGUAGCAAGGGAUUGGAUGAUGAUUGUUGGAGCUUUGAAUCUGAUGUUUACUGCAUUGGUGAUUGCAUCAAGUGUAUGGUAUAUUCGAAUUCGCCCCUUACAGCGUAUGUGGAUUGGACAGUGCCUGAACCUUUGCAAGUCAUUGUCACUGCGUGUACUCAACUUUCGCCAGCGGAGCGACCAUCGCUAGCAGCUCUUCGCGGCAUGGUAGAAAGUGUCUCGGUAAACACACUUUGA